AUGCACUCCAUCUCACAAUUGGUGCAUGCAUAUAUGUGCCUGGAGUACCAUGUAUUCAUUGCCUCUGUUGUUUCAAAUAUUGCAAAAAGCAACAUGCACUGGCAGAUGUUCAUACUCCGACACGUCUCACACUCAUCCUAUGCGAGGGGUAAACAGACAAAAGAAGAACCUAGGCCAAGAUUUUAUCAGGAAGGUGGAUAUUCCCGGGCAUCGAGUAUAGAACGUUCAAGCUUUUGA